CUCCGGCUGGACUGACACGGGGGGGAGCACUGCGAAUCCCGGGCAAGCUGUGGGCGCGGGAUUCGGAUCCCUCCCGGUCCCGGGGGGCGGCUCACAGGCAGGAAGCGUCCCGGGGUGGUGGCGGCAGAUUGGCAGAGCCCUGCUCCAAUGGAGCGGCGGCGGCAGCCCCGGCGGCUUCGCACCGCCUGCGCUACCGGCCCCAGCCAGCCCGGUGCGGGCGUCCCGCUCCCGCUGCCGCUCCGCUCCCGCUCCGACAGCGCCAUGGACACAUAGCCGCGGCGCCACGCAGGAAGAUGCACAGUUCCAUUCCAAGCCUGGGCAGGGUGAUGGUGUUCCUCGCAGCAGCCCUGGCAUCAGCCUCCUUUGCUAUCCCUGAAGACUGGGGAGAGGAAGGUGUGCAGUAUGGACAGCUGGGGACAGACGUGACCCUGUCAUGCCCUGGUGCCCAUGCCAGCUCAGCAGUGCGGUGGAGGCGAGCGGGCGCCGCGGCGCUGCCGGAGGGCUCGGUGAUCCAGCAGGGAUCGCUGGUGCUGCCGAGCGCCAGCCCGGCCCUCGGGGGCGCGUACAGCUGCCACGGCGAGGACGGCAGCCUGCUGCACUCCGUGUCCCUGCGACUGGGGCACCUGCCUGGAGUUCCCUUUGUGUCGUGCAGAGCAUCUGACUAUGAGAAUUUCUCUUGCUCCUGGACCUCCAGUGUGGAGACCUUCCUUCCCACCAGAUAUAUCACCACAUACAGGAAGAAAUCCCUGACAGGCGAAGAAAAGCGGAGGAACAAGAACGGGCAUGUGGGGCUGUGCGUGCAGGAUCCGUCCCGCCCUGGCACCUGCACCGUGCACAGGUCAGAGUUCUGGAGCUCCUACCGCCUGAACAUCACCGAGGUGAACCCCCUGGGCUUCAGCUACCGCCUCCUUGAUGUCACCAUGCAGGCCAUCAUUAAGCCAGACCCUCCAGAAGGCUUGGUGGUGGAGCCCAUCCCUCUGGCCCCACGGCGGCUCCACGUGAGCUGGAAGUACCCUUCCUCCUGGCCAAAGGAGCCCCACUUCCAGCUGAGGUUUCGGCUCCAGUACCGACCCGUCAUCCACCGUUCCUGGUCCGUGGUAGAGACAGUGAAUCUGUCUGAGGUUAUCACGGAUGCCUUCGCCGGGCUGGAGCACGUGGUGCAAGUCAGUGCCAAAGAUUUCCUGGAUGCGGGGAAUUGGAGCGAGUGGAGUGCUGAGGCCCGGGCAACGCCAGUCAGAGACCUGGCCUCCACAGCAAGAGAAGAAACCACUACAUAUGCCAGACUCGAGAGCCUGGCUGAGGAGCCCUCCCAGGCUCCCAACCCUGAGCCCAUCAAUGGCAGUGACCCCUUGGAGAAGAUGGCCGUCCUCGUGUCCCUUGGGAUCUUUGCCUUCUUCAUCCUGGCUGCUGUUCUUGUCAUCACCAUCCUCAUCUGGCUCCGGGUGAGGAAACACGGCAAGGACAAGACCAAACCCAGCUUUUUGGUUGCUGCCACCCACUUGAAGGCACUACCAAAAGCUCAGAUCCUGUAGUGAGCCCUGGCCGAUCCCUGCUCCCUGCACCCGCUUGCCCACGCGUGGGACUUGAUGCCACUGCUGGCCCCCAGGGACCCCACGCCUCCCGGGUCACCCCACAGCUGUGGACAUUGCCGGAGCCCCCAGCACCCCGGGGUUGCAGGAUGGAUCCUAAGGAGAGAGGCUCUGCUCUCGGGAGCAUUGGACUGCCUGAGCCCACCAGGAGCCAGCUGGAGUCACUUCAGGCUCAGGGUGACAGGCCAGCUCCACCUCAGAGCGCUGCUAAACCAAUGGGGAUAAGAGACUGAGCCAGCCCCACUGCACUGCCCAGUGCUGAGGGGGACCGUGGGUGUAGGCUCUGGGGGUGCCAGGCAUCAGUGGGGUGCUGCUCCCUGCCUGUCACCCCCCACCAGCCGCCAGCAGGCAGAAGAGAACACCCCCUGCCCCUUCCCUCUGCCCCAACCCCCGUGCUGUGGCUGGACGGAGCAGAGAUGCCAAUAAAGGGGAUAUGCCAAUGCUAUCAUUGGCACUGUCCAGGCAAAACCC